AUGUCUGUUCGGCGCGCUCACGCUUCUUCAUUCGUGAAAAAGGCCACGCGCCCAGCACACCAAGUCAGGAACAAAUAUGGCUAAAACGAAUGACCCAUGCUACCGGUGCUGCCGUUGGUACCCCUACAAGUCCUGAGCUUGUCUGCCAAGGUUGCUUCACAGACCGGCGAGCUUGCAUGCCAAUGCAUGUCCAUUGGAUCGUCGUUGGCGGUCAUACCGUGUCGACUUGCCUCAGGGAGGUUAUUUAUGGCUGAACACUUUAAAGACCGGGCGGCAUCUCUACUCCAGGCUGUGAGACAUCUUCCAUAUCUGUCGUUGCAGCUUAUCUUUCCCUGAGCCAAUCGACCUCAUCGAGUGAGACUCGAACCUGGCCAAACAAGACACAAGACAAAAUCACCCUUGACCAAGAC